AUACGAGCUGCACCCAAAGGCAGCAUCCGCACGAAACUGCUGUCGGACACACUGAAUGCAACAAGCUAGACUGGAAAAAACGUUCACUGCUUCAGGGCUGUUGUACACUGUGAUUUUACGGGAAUAGCAACAAAACGAGUUUUUUUUAUCAUCACUAACGUUGGUCUGAAUUGAACUGGAGGAAGGAAGAUGUCGGCGGCUUAUAAAGACAACCAGGAGGACUGGCUGACAGUGUGUCUCAAGUACCUGCUCUUUGUUUUCAACUUUCUCUUCUGGGUGGGUGGAGCAGCUGUUUUGGGCGUAGGAGUCUGGACUCUGGUGGAGAAAAGUGACUACUUGAGUCUGCUGGCCUCCAGCACUUUUGCUGUGUCGGCAUAUAUCCUCAUCCUGGCCGGCAGCCUGGUGGUGGUCACGGGCUUCUUGGGGUGUUGUGCUGUCAUCCGGGAGCAGAAGAGCUGUCUGUCCACGUAUUUCUUCUGCCUGCUGUUUAUCUUCUUGAUUGAACUGGUGGCUGGAGUACUGGCUUAUGUCUAUUACCAGAGGCUGAGUGAGGAGCUGAAGCAGCAUCUCAACCAGACUAUGAAAGAUAACUACGCCCAGCCAGGGAAGGAGGCCAUCACAUUAGCUGUGGACAGACUACAACAGGACUUCAAGUGCUGUGGCAGCAACAACUCCCACGAUUGGAUGGUGAGUGUGUACAUUUCAUCAAAGCAGGCAGAAGACAGGGUGGUGCCUGACAGCUGCUGUAAGACCAUCACCCUUCACUGUGGCAAGAGAGACCACCCCUCCAACAUCUACAAGGUGGAGGGUGGUUGCAUCACGAAGCUGGACCAGUUUCUGGCCGAACACCUUUUGAUCAUUGGUGCUGUGGGAAUAGGAGUGGCUUGUCUGCAGCUGGCCGGGGCUGUCUUGACAGCCUGCUUUAUCUAUCUACUCUAUAAAGAAGAGGAAGAGAACUUUGGUUCAUUGUGAUUUAGCCCUAGAGCAACUUUGUGGUUUAAUCAACUGGAGAGACAAGGUCUGUGGCAUGGUGUUCACCAGCUGCUUGUACAAAAGGAUCAAGAUGGACCCUUACUGAGCAAGCCAGGCCCCCCAACACACCAUCCUCCACAGGCAGAUGGAACAACGACCUGCUGACACCUUAACUUCAACCUCUGAAUCUUGAACUCUGACCUGGUGAUCAAAGCCAAGUGCACAGACACGUUCCAGGUCACCCAGAUUGCAGUCGGAAACAAAUUGUGCCAUUGACCAACCAGGCUGAUUUGUGGUUCCUCUUGUACAGUAUUGUACUCGCGUUACAAAGUAGUUUGAUCCAGGCUCAUACAUUUCUGGUACCUGACUCUGAUCUCGGCCUACUGGAACAUGUCAGUUUGCGUCAUUGUCUUGGCUUGGAUGCAUGCUUUAGUUUGAGCAGGACAAAAGAAAGAGACGUGCGUAGUCAUAAUGCAUCCUACUCUGUUCAACUAAUGUUGAUCCAAAUUGAUUCAUCAUGUUUUCACUGUGCAGAGAGACAGGUCAUUUUGGUUUGGUUGUAUAUUAUGUAAACACAAUGUGCCUCUUUCACCCUUCUGCUGGUAAAUGAUUAUGUAUUAAUUCUGUGCCUGAAAUCUUAAAGGGAGCUGACAAAGCACUGAUAAGCGGCAGCAAAUGAAAUCUAGUUUACUAUCUUUAUAUUUGUAGUUAUGUCUAUAUUCCUGAAAAUAGCAGCACUGAAUGUUGAACUGUAGGGUAGUUAUUACAAUUAAGUGUAUGGCUACAAACAUGAAGACAUUCUCAGACGGUCUAAUAAUUAAAGGAAAAAGUGAAAUUCUUUUUCUUAAAUGAUUGCCCGAUCCCUGAAUUUAUAACUCCACCUAGUGGUUGGCACUGGUCAUAUACUAUACUGUGUAAUAUUUAAACUACAGUACAUGCCAUACUUUAGAAUUUUGCUAUUGUCAAUUCAGCUAUUUAUCUUAAUGCGUGACACUCAAGAUGAUUAUACAUGUCAGAUGGAUAUAACAUUAACAAACAUUGCCUUCUGUGAAUAUUAGACACACUGAGGUUUCAUUAUCUACAGGGAAGAAGAGGAAGCUUUGUAAGGAGAGCUUAAGCAUGGACGAUGUUGUUGCACUGCCUAAUCUAUCACUUGCCAACUCUUUUCCUGUAGCUAUUACUCGUGGAACAAUGAGUGGCCACUCUACUGCAGAAGAGACUUGUCUUAGCUGUGUAGAUUAUAAAAUAAGAGAAAUACGUACUCUGUGGAUAUAGUUGUUUCUGUUUCGAAGAUCAAAAAGUUAAAUAUCUGUUUGACAUUUUUUAUAUCGUUUGCAAUAAUACAUCACCAUUGCCAAGACUCUUGUAAAGGGAUCUCCUUGGAUUUGUGUUUGUUUUUCCCACCCCUGAUUGACUUACAAAUGAAGGGUGCUAAUGUAUGUAGAUGGUUGUUUAUAAGAUGGUGAUGAUAUGACAUUGGCAUGUGCUCCAUCUACUGACUGUGCUUUUCAAAAUAUUGAUAUGAAACACAUAAAUAAAUGUUUAAAUACG